UUUGAAUAAGUAUUAGGUUGGGUACAGAUGUACUAGGUAGAUACUAAGUAUUCAGCCAUUUCAAAUUUAUCAGUGCAUUUACUUACCUCAUUAUCUUUCAAAUAAAUGAUAAGAAACGAAACAUUAUUAAAUACGUAUCAAAAUGAAAAGUAGAUCAAGAGAAUUUUAACUCAAUUGAUUUUGCAUCUUGAUAUACUAGGUACCUAGGUAUAUUAGGUACCUCUACCUACCUACUCAUGUCUUCGUUUAGUCAGUUCUACAAUGUUCAGAAUACAACAUGCCAAACUUUUUAACCCACUUAUUGCCAACUUACCUAUAAUUUAUUUUUCAACUUUUUUUGUUUUACAAUUUUUAAAAAUUACUUGAAGCAUAAUUUUUCAUCCCUACCCAAAAAUAAUGCCAGUAUUUUGGUUUCUCUUCUUUACGAGUGUAAUUUCGCCAAUCACUUCGCAACAAAUAUUUUUUGGACAUUCGGGCGAACAAGCUGAAAAACAUUAUAGAGUAGUUGAUCCGCUUUUUUCGUCAAUUUCGCCAGCUCAAGUUGUCCCAGAUCAUAUUCCACGUCCAGCUUAUGUUUUCAAUAAUGGCGAAGAAGAAUCGCCCAGUAAAAUAUUAAUUAAAAAUGCUUCUGAAAUAGAUGCUAUUGCAGCGAGUUGUUCUUUGGUCAGAUCGGUUCUCAAACAUUUGAAAGAAUUCGUUCAAGAUGGAAAAACCACCGAUGAAAUAGAUGCGUACGCCCACAAAUUAAUCAUUCAAGGGGGAGCUUACCCCACACCUCUCAAGUAUCAUAAUUUUCCAAAAUCGAUUUGUACUUCAGUCAAUAAUAUUGCCAUCCACGGAAUUCCUGAUAGCAGAAAAUUGGCGAAUGGAGAUAUUAUUACAAUAGACGUUUCGGUCUACUUGAAUGGUUAUCAUGGUGAUGGUGCAGAAACAUUUUUAAUUGGGGAGGUAGAUGACGCUGGAAGACGUUUGGUCGAAGGAGCGCGCGAAAUAUUGUAUUCUGCAAUAGAAUGUUGUCGACCUGGAGAACAAUUUAUUGAAAUUGGACGCAGAGUCGAUACAGCGGCAAAAAAAAGAGGCCUUCACAAUCUGUUGUCAAAUUGUGGUCACGGAAUUGGCAAAUUUUUACACGAACAUCCAUUCAUCAUGAUCAACAAUACUGAAUCUGGAGAAUGCAACGAAACAAUGCAACCAGGGAUGGUGUUCGCUAUUGAACCUUUGAUAGGUGAAAAUUGCGUCGAGUGCAUGAGAAAUUUUGAUAAUAUCACUAUAAUGACAACAGAUUUUUCUCGAGUCGCUCAAUUCGAACACACAAUUGUGAUUACUGAAGAAAGUUAUCGGAUAUUAACAUGAAGGAGCUUUGGAUACUAAUUUAAUUUUCAAGAAAAAUUAGCCAAUCAAUAGGCGUAGGUGUAGGUAAUAGCUAAGUGAAUUUGAAACAGAUAAGAAUUUCUAAUUACGAAGAAAUCAGCAAGAACCAUCAAAAAGAUGAAAGAGAUAGUAAUCAGUUAAUUCGCGUGCUUUCACUAAAUGGCUCAAAUGGUUUCAAAUAAAUAAAUAG